UCUUUAUUUUUUUUAGUGAAGAGCAAAAUCUUAAUUUAGUUAUUAUAAUUCAUCGUAAAUGAAGGCAAGUGUGCAAUAUUUUUUCCACUGAAAUAGGUUCUGUUAAUUUUGAUCCGGAAAACUGGUGAAGCCUGAUUUUAGUUCAUUGGUAAUCACGUUCAGUUACUGCAGAAGAGCUUUUCAAGCAAAAAUUCUGAUAUUGGCAACAAAUCUUUUCAAUAACCUGGGUUCAGCCACACAAGAAACAGGAAUUGCUUUCUUUCUGCCUUUGCUCUCCGACUUUACUGAAGCUAGCACAGCAUGGAUUUGAUUCACAAGGUCAUGAACAUUGUACUUCCUCCUAUAACAUUGACACUGCUACUUCUCUUCUUGCCGUCGUUUCUUGUUUUCAAGUUUAUAAGUUGCAUUAAAAGAUAUAUAACUAGUGAAAAGGUGGCUGGAAAAGUAGUUCUAAUCACUGGGGCAUCUUCAGGCAUUGGCGAGUAUCUUGCAUAUGAGUAUGCUAGGAGAGGAGCAUGUUUAGCCCUUGCUGCCAGAAGAGAGGAGCGUCUUCGAGCAGUUUCUGAUAAAGCGCGGAUGCUGGGAUCACCGGAUGCUAUAGUCAUCUCUACUGACAUUUCAAAGGUUGAAGACUGCGAGCGGUUUAUUACUGAGGCAGUGAAUCAUUUUGGCCGAUUGGAUCAUCUGGUGAACAAUGCUGGUAUUAUUCAAAUUGACAUGUUUGAGCAUUGCAAGCAAAUCUCGGAUUGUGCAAUACUUAUGAAUAUAAAUUUCUGGGGUUCUGUAUAUGUCACUCGUUUCGCUAUUCCACACCUGAGAAAAAGCAAAGGGAGGAUCGUAGGGAUUUCUUCAAUUGCUGGAUGGUGCUCAGUACCGAAGAUGAGCUUCUACUGUGCAAGCAAGGCAGCCAUAACAAGUUUUUAUGAGACACUAGCUGCUGAAUUUGGUCCGGAUAUUGGAAUAACAAUAGUCACUCCUGGUGUAGUUGAGUCAGAAAUGACCCAAGGUGAUUUUAUAUCAAAGGCUCAAAUGGACUUUGUCCCGGCUGAGUCAACUGAAAGGUGUGCUGAAGCAAUCGUAAACAGUGCUUGCCGAGGAGACAGGUACUUGGUAGAGCCGUCUUGGACAAGGAUGUCGUUUCUGCUGAAGGUCCUUUGUCCUGAAGUGAUGGAGUGGUACUUGCACUGGGUAUUGGCAGCUAGGACUUCGAAGAAAAGUGACUAGCAUGAACAUCUGUGGUCUCAGUUCACAGGCAAAGAAAUUUGUCUUGCUCGUUUCAGCUUUAAUUCAAUUCAAUUUUGAGAUCUCAAGCAGACUGGUUUUCUGUUUCAUGUUUUUCUUUCUCCUAAGAAAAUGCAGAGCUUUGCCGCUGUAGUAAAAUAAAGGCAUUGCUAGUUCAUUCUGCAGCUAGAAUAUGAUCAUUUUGGAGCUGCAAUUCUCAGUUCCUGCUGUCAUUUCCUUAAUCAGCAAGCUGAGAGUGUCCAUUUUUAUUGAUUCAAU